AUGUCUGAACAUCAGGCACACGACUUGAUCUUGCAAGCCGAAAAGAAGUUAAAUAGCUGGACCUGGUUUAAUUCCACCAACAAGCAAGAAGAUGCAGCUGAAAUAUACGAGAAGGCUGGAAACACGUUUAAGCUGGCGCAAAGAUGGCAAGAUGCUGGCAACGCAUACUUUAAGGCAGCAGAACUGUACAAAACCGCACCUGAUUUGCAAUACGAGUCGUCCAAAUCAUUUGAAAACGCAGCCAAAUGUCUCAAACGCAUGGAUGCCCGAGCUGCCAUAGAUGCAUUGCAAUGUGCCAUUCAAGUGGACAAGGAAUCAGCCAAUUUCAGAAAUGCAGCAAAGCAUCAUCAGGAAAUAGCCGAAAUCUAUGAAUCUGAAAUCAUUGAUCUGAAUGGAGCCAAAGACAACUGGGAGCAAGCAGCCAACCUCUACAUGGCCGAUGAUUCACCAGCGAUGAUCAACAAAUGUCUGCUAAAGGUGGCACACUUUGCAGCUCAACUAGAACAAUACACUGUGGCCAUUGACAACUUUGAGCGAGUAGCCACAGAUUCAAUGGACAACCAGUUGACGAAAUGGUCGAUAAAAGAGUACUUUUUGAAAGCAGGGCUAUGCUCCAUGUGCAUUGGGGACACUGUGAAAUGCCAUCAACUACUCGAUAAAUACUGUGCCGUGGAUUUAUCGUUUGAAAAUACCCGAGAAUAUCAAUUCUUAUUAGGCAUUUUGGGCUGUAUCGAGAACAACGAUCAGGACCUGUUUAGCCAGAAAGUGUUUGAAUUUGACCAAAUGACCAAGUUAGAUAACUGGAAAAUUAGCAUACUGUUGAAAAUUAAAAAAGCCAUGGAUCUAUCCAUAGUGUAA